UACCUCAUCAAAAUUGUUGAAUAGACACACAAAGCAAAACAUUUCUUGAUUUCUUCUCUACCAACUUAAUUAGUUUUGAUCAUUUUUAGUGCAGAAAUGGAUUGUGUAAAACUUGUAUUGUUUAUGCUAUAUACCUUUCUCGGUCAACUUGUUUUCUCCUUAUCCUCACCUCAUUUGUGCCCCGAAGAUCAAGCUCUUGCUCUUCUACAAUUCAAGAACAUGUUUCCCAUUAAUCCUAAUGCUUCUGAUUAUUGUUUUAAAUUUAAAGAGUUUCAUUCAUAUCCGAAAAGUCUUACAUGGAAUAGGAGCACAGAUUGUUGCUCAUGGGAUGGAGUACAUUGUGACAAGAUGACGGGACAGGCGAUUGAGCUCAACCUCACUUGCAGCGGACUUCAAGGCAAGUUUCAUUCCAAUUGUAGCCUCUUUCAACUUUCCAAUCUCAAAAGGAUUGAUUUGUCUUUUAAUAAUUUCACUGGAUCGCUCAUUUCACCUAAAUUUGGUGACUUCUCCAGUUUAACACAUCUUGAUCUAACAGUUACAAGUUUUUCGGGUCAAAUUCCUUCUGAAAUAUCUCAUCUUUCAAAAUUACACGAUCUUCGUAUCUCUAAUGUUUAUCCAUAUGAGCUUAGAUUCGGACCUCACAAUUUUGAAUCGCUCCUUAAGAACUUGACCCAAUUAAGAGAGCUCCACCUUCACGAUGUGAACAUCUCUUCCACCAUUCCUCUGAAUAUCUCUUCUUAUUUAACAAAUCUACGGCUUCCAUUAACAGAGUUACGUGGGGUAUUGCCCGAAAGAGUUCUCCACCUUUCCGAUUUAGAAUUCCUUGAUUUAUCAGAAAAUCCCCAGCUCACUGUUAGGUUUCCCACAACCAAAUGGAAUAGCAGUGCAUCACUCAUAUACUUAAAUCUCUAUGAUGUGAAUAUUAAUGGUAGGAUACCUGAAUCAUUUAGCUAUCUAACUUCACUUCAUGACUUGAACAUGGGUUAUUCUAAUCUGUCAGGGCCUAUUCCUAAACCUCUAUGGAAUAUCACCAACAUAGAGAUAUUAGAGUUUUCAUCCAAUAACCUAACUGGUCCAAUUCCAACUAAUGUAAGUGGACUACAAAACCUACAAUGGCUCAAAUUGUCAUCAAACCACUUGAAUGGGACUAUACCUUCCUGGAUAUUCUCCCUUCCUUCACUGACAGUGUUAAACUUGAGAAAUAACACUUUCAGUGAAAAAAUUCAGGAGUUCAAGUCCAACACAUUGUUGGAAGUUGAUCUAAGACAAAAUCAGCUGCAAGGUCCUUUACCAAAUUCACUCCUAAAACAGCCAAACCUAAAAUUUCUUCUCCUUUCACACAAUAAUAUUAGUGGACAGAUUGCUUCAACUAUCUGCAAUCUGAAAACACUAACAGCUUUGGACUUAGGAAGUAACAAUUUGGAGGGAACAAUCCCACAAUGUUUGGUUGAGAUGAAUGAAUACCUUUGGAAUUUGGAUUUGAGCAACAACAGUCUUAGUGGGACUAUCAAUACAAAUUUUAGUGUUGGAAACGAUCUCACGAUCAUUAGCUUGCAUGGGAAUAAGCUAACGGGGAAAGUCCCACGAUCUUUGAUCAAUUGCAAGUACUUGAGACUUCUUGAUCUAGGUAACAAUCAGUUGAAUGACACAUUUCCAAACUGGUUGGGAUACCUACCUGAUUUGAAGAUUUUAAGCUUGAGAUCAAAUAAGUUUCAUGGUCCCAUUAAAUCUUCAGGGAAUACAAACUUGUUUGCGCGGCUUCAAAUUCUGGAUCUAUCAUCCAAUGGAUUUAGUGGUAAUUUACCAAUAAGUCUUUUUGGGAAUUUGCAAGCCAUGAAGCAAAUUGAUGAGCGUACAAGAACCCCAGAGUAUGUUUCUGAUCAAUAUGCUGGUUAUUAUGAUUAUUUGAUGACAAUUACAACAAAGGGACAUGAGUAUGAUUGUGUUCAAAUUUUGGAUUCUAACAUGAUUAUCGAUCUCUCAAAAAACCGAUUUGAAGGUCAUAUUCCAAGCAUUAUUGGAGAUCUCGUUGAACUUCGUACCUUGAACUUAUCUCAUAAUGUCUUGGAAGGUCAUAUACCAGCAUCAUUGCAAAAUUUAUCUGUACUCGAAUCAUUGGAUCUCUCAUCUAACAAAAUCAGCGGAGGAAUUCCACCACAACUUGCAUCCCUCACGUUUCUUGCAGUCUUAAAUCUCUCUCACAAUCAUCUUGUUGGAUGCAUCCCCAAAGGAAAACAAUUUGAUACGUUUGAGAAUAGUUCAUACCAAGGGAAUGAUGGGUUACGUGGACUGCCACUCUCAAAACAUUGUGGUGGUGAUGGUAGGGUACCACAAGCAACAAUUCCAGCUGAGCAAGAUCAAGAAGAAGAAGAAGAUUCACCAAUAAUCAGUUGGCAGGCGGUUCUCAUGGGUUACGGUUGUGGUCUAGUUAUUGGACUGUCUAUAAUAUACAUAAUGUUGUCAACUCAAUAUCCAACAUGGUUUUCGAGGAUGGUAUUGAAAUUGGAACACAGAAUGAUUACGAGAAUGAAAAGGCACAAGAAAAGAUAUUAGUGAGUAGCGAC